AUGCAAAGGGGACGCAAGAUCACCGCAGACGGCGGCAACGGCGGCAGUGGUGGAGACGUCAUAGUGCGAGCCAGUGGCAGGUACUCAAUCGUCCUAGUGCUGGCGUGGGCGCAAAGGAUGAAGAGUCUGGCAGGUGUGGCCCAGCUGCACAAGGCCGAGCCUGGCUCCCACGGGUCCUCCCGGGUCCAGCAUGGUGGCGCGGGUGACAACGCCACGAUCCUGGUGCCGCUCGGCACUCUGGUGUCCCGCAUCCUGGAACCUUCCGCAAUGGAUGGCGCGGGCGAGGAGGCACAGCAGCCCGCUCAGGGCCAGGCCGGGGUCCUGCGCCGCCGCGCCCCGCGUCAGCCCGCAGAUCUCGGACAGGAGGAGGCCGCGCCGCCGCCGGAGGAGGCGGAGCUCCCCCCCUGGCUCGCACGCUGGCGCACCGCCUACACCGGCGACGCUGUCGAUGCCGACCGGCGGGACGGCUUCGACGACGAGGUGAGCUGGCGGGGCUGGGGCAUGCGGUGGCCUGCACCCAGGGAGUCCACGCCCGGGGCGGCGGGGGAGCGGCAUCGACUGCUGCUGGAGAUGAAGAUCCUGGCAGACAUAGGCCUCGUGGGCGUGCCCAACGCCGGCAAGUCCAGCCUGUUGCGCGCGCUGACCGCCGCCCGGCCCAAGGUGGGGUCGUACGCCUUCACCACGCUCAUGCCGCAGCUGGGGGUGGUGGAUCUCGGCUGGGGCGAGCGCAUGGUCAUCGCCGACGUGCCGGGGCUGAUCGCCGGGGCCGCUGAGAACCGGGGCCUUGGCCACGCUUUCCUCAAGCAUGUCGAGCGGACGCGGGCGCUGGCGUACGUCCUGGAUGCCUCGGCGGGACUCCACGGCUCCCAGGGCCUGCGGCCUUGGAGGCAGCUCGAGCUAUUGCGGGAGGAGAUCGCAGCCUACUCCCCCGCGCUGGCUGCCCUUCCCUCAAUCGUGAUCGCCAACAAGGUCGACCUGCUCCCCCGCCCCUCACUCGUACUGUGCGCGCUGCGUGAGCGCACCCACCUCCCCGUCCUGGCCAGCUCGGCCCGUGACGGCACGGGUGUGCCAGAGCUGCUGCGCGCGCUGCGCGCGCUGUGGGCCGGGGAGGAAGUGGAUGGCACCCCGCCGCCCUGCCCGACCUGA